AUGCAACAGCAACCCUUUUCUAAAAGCUCUUCUUGCUCAGUAACCUUACCGCAGCAUGUGGAUGAAGCUUCUCCAACCAUUAUUGAUAUUCGUGGAAACAGUUCUCAUUCCAACACUGGCUCUGACAUGAAGACUGCCGUGCGAGAUGCCAUUAUCAAAAAAACAGUUCCAUUUGUAGACUCUCGUCUAGUUCGUGCUGGAAAGCCUGCUCCGACAGAGCUAUUGAGAUCGUUGCCUACAAUGGUGCUUUAUGACGACGAAGGAUUGAGUAUUUUUGAUCGAAUUACAUAUUUGGAUGAGUACUAUCUGACCAACGCAGAGAUUGACAUUUUCCAACACUAUGCAGACGACAUUGUCAAUGGUUACAUCAACAAUGCAUCUGUACUUGUUGAGCUUGGUUGUGGAUCCAUGCGAAAAACUAAAUACAUUCUACAAGCAUUAGCCAAGUCUGGCAAAACAGCAACAUAUUAUGCGGUCGAUUUGUCCCGGUCAUCGCUACGCGAAUCACUGCUUCCACUCAUGGCCAUGUUUCCUACCAUCACAUUUGUGGGUCUUUGGGGCACGUACGACGAUAGUCUUGCUUGGCUGAAGCAAUCUAUUCCAGCUUCAAUCUCUAAAACGUAUCUUUGGCUUGGGUCAUCCAUUGGAAACCUCACAAUUCAAGAAGCUGCCGUGUUUCUACGUGGCGUUGCAGAUAAUGCAAUGGAAACUGGUGAUCUUUUCUUUUGCGGUAUCGACCGCCAAAACAGCUUUGAAAUCCUGUCGCUUGCUUAUAAUGAUUCACACGGCCUUACCAGAGAUUUUAUUCUCAAUGGCAUAAACCACAUUAACACCAUUUUUUCAGCCGACAACAAUUCAAAUCUUUUUGAUAAAAGUAAUUUUGAAUAUGUAUCGAUUUACAACGAACUCGAUGGGCGUCACGAAGCAUAUUUAAAAGUACUUCGAUCACACACUGUUGUUGGGCAUAACCCUGAUUUCGAGGUAAAUCUGGUUGAAAAUGAGCUGAUCAAUAUCGAGUACAGUUACAAAUACUCCCCAAAGCAAGUUGCUGAUGUCGUUGAUGCCGCUCAUUUGUAUCAUGUUGGAAAAUGGUCCGACUCCAAAAAUCUAUACGAUAUGCAUCUGUUUCAGAAACCAGAGGUAUAUUUAUCUCGUCUAGACAAAAACACAGUAUCUGCGUUGGCCAAAGCCACCCAUCCUACUCUGGAUCAGUUUGAAGACCUCUGGAAAAUUUGGCAAGUUUUAUUUAUGCUAAAGGACUUGAUUGUCUCCAGCAUGAUUCCUAGCGAUCAUUACAUGUUCAAACCAAUUGACUUGCGCCAUCCAUAUAUUUUCUAUAUUGGUCAUCUUCCAUCAUUUUCAGAUAACCAGCUGUCCAGAUUUCUUGAAAAAGAUUUGUCAGGAAAUAAGCUAUUUUUAGAAAUUUUUGGUCGUGGUAUUGACCCAGACAUGGAUUGCACAACAAAAUGCCACGACCAUUCUCCAGUUCCUUCUCAAUGGCCACAGCUAUCCACCGUGAUUGAAUAUCAAAAUAUUGUUAGGUCCAAAAUCCGAGAAAUGUACUCCACCACAAACGUUUAUUCAAAGCGCCUUUCUCGCACUUUAUUCAUGUGUUAUGAACACGAUAUCAUGCAUGUUGAAACGUUUUUGCAAAUGCUAGUACAAGAUUCGCAUAUUCUGCCGCCAAGGAAUGUUGCUCGUCCUAUCUUGAAAAAUUCACGGUUGCUUCCAAAGCCAUCAGCUAAAUACCUCUCCAUUGAAAAAGGCAGUUUCAUCAUGGGUCAUGAUGAUCACGAAGUGCAUGAUUUUGACGAGUCCGAAUCUUUGGCGAGGUUUGGAUGGGAUAAUGAAUACCCUGCUCACAAAGAAUAUGUUGAUUCGUUCAAAAUACUAAGCCGCCCAGUCACCGUUGGAGAGUAUUUUGAAUUUUUAGAAUCCACCAAUUGGGAUGCGACAUUGAUUCCUGGAUCUUGGACUCGUGGUGAACAUUCACAAGGCUACGCCAUCAAGACAGUUUUUGGGCCCAUCUCAGUUGACCAGGCGUGGAUUUGGCCAGUAUACGUUUCCAAUAACCAAGCAGCAGCAUUUGCUCAAGCUAAUGAUACCCGACUUCCUACUGAACAAGAACUAUCGUUUAUUCGCAGCCAGCAACCCGCAGCAGAUACAAUGGAGAAUAACAAUUUUACUCAAUGGACCCCUCGAGAUGUGCAAUCCAUUACCAGUGAUCAAGUGACCGAUCUCAAUGGUAAUGGAUGGGAACAUACCAGCACUGUGUUUUUACCAUUUAAAGGCGGCGCCAAUUCCCAACUGUACCCCAACUAUUCGAGUGAUUUUUACCAUGGAAAGCAUAAUGUGCUUCUUGGUGCUUCUUGGGCUACCAUGGACAGUAUUGCUUCCAGACGCACUUUUCGUAACUGGUAUCAGCGAGCUUACGCAUUCGAGUUUGCCAAAUUUCGAACUGUCUGUUAG